CCGUGAUGUCAUCAUGACAGUGCGGGUUGGAGUCCAGUCCAGUGCCCAAAUUCCGUAUCUAUGCAAACCAGGACGCCUCACUUGAACUGCGAACCCACGGGAUGACCUCGCUUCCACUCUCUCGCUCGGAGGUGUUCGGGCAGCUUCGGAAAGAGCUAUACGAUGACCACGAGUUCCACCAGUCUGACACCCAUAUUUUCAUUAUCUUGGGUGCCUCAGGAGACUUGGCCAGAAAGAAGAUUUAUCCCACACUGUGGUGGCUCUUUAGAGAUGGACUUCUCCCAGAGGAGACUUACUUUGUGGGUUUUGCCCGCUCCAACUUGACGGUGGAAGCCAUUCAUUCUGCUUGCCUGCCGUACAUGAAGGUAGCUGACAGCGAAAGCGAGCGGCUGGCAGCCUUCGUCAGCAGGAACACUUACCUGAGUGGGAAGUACGCCGACGGCGACUCUUUUUCAAAACUGAGGGCUCACAUGGACGGCCUGCCCUGCGGCUCUGAGGCCAACCACCUAUUUUACCUGGCACUGCCACCCAGCGUCUACCACGACGUCACCAAGAACAUCAAGCACCACUGCAUGAGCAGAAAGGGCUGGAACAGGGUGAUCGUAGAGAAGCCCUUUGGCCGUGACCUGCAGACCUCUGAGGAGCUGUCCUUCCACCUCUCAUCUCUCUUCACCGAGGACCAGAUCUACCGCAUUGACCACUACCUUGGCAAGGAGAUGGUGCAGAACCUGAUGGUGCUGAGGUUCGGGAACAGGAUAUUUGGGCCCAUCUGGAACAGAGAGAGUGUCGCCUGCGUGGUUCUAACAUUCAAGGAGCCCUUUGGCACUCAGGGCAGAGGAGGCUACUUUGACGACUUUGGCAUAAUUCGCGAUGUCAUGCAGAACCACCUGCUCCAGAUGCUCUCCCUGGUCGCCAUGGAGAAGCCGGCCUCCACCAGCUCGGACGACGUGAGAGAUGAGAAGGUGAAAGUGCUGAAGAGCAUUUCUCCCGUGAGCUGGUCUGAUGUGGUGCUGGGUCAGUAUGUUGGGGACCCAGAGGGGAAGGGUGAUGCCAAACUGGGCUACUUCGAUGACCCAACCGUUCCAAAAGGCUCCUGCACACCCACCUUUGCCACAGCGGUGCUGUUUGUCCACAAUGAGCGUUGGGACGGGGUUCCAUUCGUGCUGCGCUGCGGCAAGGCCUUGAACGAGCGCAAGGCAGAGGUCCGGCUGCAGUUCACCGAUGUGCCGGGCGACAUCUUCAACGGGCAGUGCCAGCGCAAUGAGCUGGUGGUACGCGUGCAGCCUGACGAGGCCAUUUACGCCAAGAUGAUGAGCAAGAAGCCUGGCGUCUACUUCAGCCCCGAGGAGACUGAGCUGGAUCUUACCUACCGCAGCAGAUACAGGGACGUGAAGCUUCCUGAUGCCUAUGAGCGGCUCAUCCUGGAUGUCUUCUGUGGGAGUCAGAUGCAUUUUGUGCGCAGUGAUGAGUUGCGGGAGGCCUGGAGAAUCUUCACUCCUCUGCUCCACCACAUUCAUAAAGAGAAGACGCCUCCCAUACCGUACACAUAUGGAAGUCGGGGACCCACAGAGGCAGACGAUUUGAUGAAGCGAGUGGGAUUCCGCUACGAAGGAACUUACAAGUGGGUCAACCCCCAUGCUGUAUGACGGCCAAGCAUGACCUCCUGGCCAAAGACAAAAAUCAACUGCAAAAUCUCAUUCCAAUUGAACCGCAAGGGGCCAGAGCCACCUCUACACUUCUACAUUCAGUAGCGCCAUUCUCAUUUACUAGUGCCACAGCAGCACAGAAUGUAGACUCGCCAUGUGCUGCCGCCUUUAGUCAUAGUGCCACAGAAUAAAACAUUUUUACAUAGUCAUGACCGCGGAGUACAUCAGUGAAAUGAAUGUAGAGCUGUAGACUCUGACAUCCAACUAUAUUUUCAAUAAUUACUUACAUUUGCAUGCAAGAGGAGAACUAUUUUUGAUAAUGGUAUCUGCCGUGGUAAGUCUUAAUUGACAUGGUCAAAGAUCAUUUUGUAAUGCUUUUGUUUGCUUAAUUGUUUAAUUCAGCCAAGCUUUUAUGAGUUAAUCAAACUGAUUGGGGCACUUGUGCUGUAAUAAGUACCAAUGUACUUACCUAUUUGCUGUCUCUUUUAAUCACUGAAGUCCUGUCCUCUUGCUUUCAUAAUGUUGCUCUAAAGGGAGCUGGUCAUGCAGGUAUUUAUUUCAUUAUUUUGUUGCAUUUGAUGUUAUUUGUUCUCCCAUUUAUUUUAGUCCAUCCUGUUUCAAGAAUGUUCAUCACAUAAUUGACUGUAUUGGAGCACAGGUUAUUUGCACUUGCCUUCAUUCAUUUUUGAUCGCUGUAGUCAAGCAAAAAACAGAGGACUUAAAGCUUCACUUUUUUUUUUUUUUUGUGGUCUGCUUUGACUAUGGCUACAUUCCAGUAAGCCAAAAGCUGUAAGAGCAAUGGUGGCCUAACCUCCCUUUUCUUUGUAAAGAAAGGGUGGUGCUUUUGUUUACAGGAUACAGCAUUUGUUUACGGCAUAAUAGAGAGCAUUAUGUGGGAUGAGUUUGGCUCGUUGUUAUCAAGGUGUGUUUGAGUUUGAGCUCUUUAAGACGUGUUUUGUGACGAGGUGUGCAAGUCCAUUUACGUUGUGGGUGGAUGUUUGCACCUGUGUGACUUCCCGUAAAGCUGAGGUGACCAAAUACGCACACGCACUCACCUCACAGGAAACGAGACGCAGGUAAACCCAGGUCGAACAAUAGGUAGCCAGAACAAACAAGGUAAGACCAAGUAACUCUCUCGCUAAGCCCUUUCACUCUUAUUCCAGUCUUUCAUCAAAAAUCUCCUGUCUAGACCAAAAUAUGGAUUCAAACCAAUCACUAUGUAGAAUGCAUGUUUACAUUUAGAAUGAAUGUUUUCUUUUACAUGGCGUUCAAACCAAUAACAAUGUGGUCGAAGCACAUUCCAGAGACUUGCUCAGUCUCAGGAGGAAUGUCAAGUGCCCGACCAUCUGGUUCUGGGCUGAGUCAGUGAUGUGUGCCACUCUCCCUCCCAGGUAUGAGGGCUAGCUUUGGGCCUCGCCUCCUCUCCUCUCCACCUCAUGCCCUGGAGGUGCCUCACCCUGCAAGUUUGGGUCCAUGGGCGGCGCCAUUGUUGGUAGUAGAGAAAUGUAGGUGUAGAUGUGGAUGUGCGUGUGUGUGAGCAUGGAUACAAUCAGGUAAUGACAUCAGUGAACAUGCAAUAAGGCCUUGUUGAGCAUAAUUGCACUGAGUGCAGUUUGAAGGUUUAUUUUAUAUGAUUUUCAUGCUACUGUAUACCGUCACAACCAUGUACAUUGUUUCCUAUAUACUUUCUGCUGAAUUAAAAAAAAAGCUUUUGCUACCUCA